CUUCACCUUUUACAGUUGCACAAGGAACCUCCUCCCCUCAAUCCCGCCCUUCCCUUUUCAUUGAUUUUCUACAUUUCCUGUGAUUAUCUCUCUCUUCCACGAUUUCACACGUAAACCGCCAAUUUCAAGUUUAUUUUUGGAGGUUGAAGAAGAAGCCAUUCUUUUAAGGAAAUCACAGGAAUAACGAUACCAUAUUUGAUUUCUGCGAUGAAUCCGAAUCCGGCGACAAUGGCGGCAGCAUGGAUGAUGAUUGCAGCGUUGACGCUGAUUCCGGCCUACGCCGGCGACACGAAUCCGGUAUUCAGCCCAUGUACGGACACAAGAGUUCAGAAACACGACGGAUUCACCUUCGGCCUCGCGUUUUCUUCAAGGAACAAUUUCUUCUUCAACGACAUUCAGCUUUCCCCCUGCGAUUCUCGCCUCUCCCUCGCCAUCAACGGCGCCGAGCUCUCCGUUUUCAGGCCCAAGGUCGAUGAGAUCACUCUGCUUACCAUCAACAGCACCACCUUCGAUCCUAGCAAAUUAGGAGGUUAUAUGGUGGCUUUUGCUGGACGAAAGUAUGCAGCUCGAUCCCUCCCUAUAUUCGUCGCUGACACCAGUUACAUCGUCACCAGCUUCACCAUGGUUCUUGAGUUCCAAAAGGGCACCCUGCAGAAUUUGUACUGGAAGAAAUUCGGAUGUGGGUCGUGCAGCGGGAGCUCGGUCAUGUGCCUCAACAACACAGACUGCGCGGUUAAGAAGUCCAGCUGUAGAAGCAACGGAGGCUCUAUAGCUUGUGAUGUAGGGAUACAGUUGGCCUUCUCAGGUACUGAUAAGAACUACAACGUGCUCAACUCGUGGUACGAGGUGGCAAAUCUCCGGCAGUACUCCCUCUACGGCCUCUACUCCGAUCUAAGUAGCUCAUUCAGUGGCAUCUUCUGAGAUUACUACGUUGUACAUUUAAUACUGUAUUAGCAACCUAAGCAUUAUCCCACAAAAUUCUGAGGAAUGUAUUUGAUGCAGGGAUGCAAACCUUGCACUCACACAUGCAUAAUUUGUCUACAUAUUAUUUAAA